AUGUCGCGCCCCGAGGAUAUUCUGCCCCCAGAUCUCUUCUAUGACGACAAUGAGUCCCGUAAAUACACCACUUCAUCACGUAUUCGCAACAUUCAGGCGGAUAUGACGCACCGUGCCUUGGAACUUCUCGAUCUCAAAUCACCAUCACUGAUCUUAGACCUUGGCUGUGGCUCAGGACUAUCCGGCGAGAUCCUCUCUCAAGAGUCCCCCGAGCAAGGUGGCCCGCACACGUGGAUUGGAAUGGAUAUUUCACCUAGCAUGCUUGAUAUCGCGUUACAGCGAGGUACAGAAGGAGACUUGUUUCUCGCGGACAUCGGGCAGGGCGUACCCUUUCGGCCGGGAACCUUUGACGCAGCGAUCAGUAUCAGUGCCAUUCAGUGGCUAUGUAAUGCAGAAACGAGCGAUGUCAGCCCCGAGGGCCGUCUACGAAGAUUCUUCGAGGGACUCUAUGCAAGUCUCCGGCGCGGUGGGCGCGCUGUCUGUCAGUUUUACCCAAAGAACGAUGCCCAGCGAACAAUGAUUAGCGGUGCCGCGAUCAAGGCCGGUUUUGGCGCCGGUAUCCUCGAAGAUGACCCCGGUACCAAGAACAGCAAGCUGUACCUUGUUUUGACUGUUGGUGGAGGAGGUUUACAGGGCGACAUCACUGGUGUUGUGGACGGUAUGAAUGAUGUUGAUGUUUUGGACGCGAGAAGAAAGGCUAUGGAGCGUAACCAUGGUUCGACUUCUAGGAAGGGUGAUAAAGCUUGGAUUAUGCGAAAGAAGGAACAGAUGACCAAGAAGGGGAAGGUCGUUAAAGCGAACUCAAAAUAUACUGGCCGCAAGAGGCGACCGGCUUUUUGA